AAUAAUGUAUAUUUGUUGUUUCUUCUAGGAAAUGUCUGCCUUUUCCAGUUCCAUUUCCAUAAGCCUGACAGUGCUCUGCUUGCUGGUGCUCAGUCCCACCAUCUGUAGUGGCAGCAAGAUUCUGGUAGUGCCUGUUGAUGGCAGCCACUGGAUCAACAUGGAGGUAAUCCUCCAAGAGCUACACUCCAGGGGCCACGACAUCACAGUACUACGCUCUGCAAAGAGCUGGUACAUCCCCAGUAACUCUUCCAUUUAUACUUCUAUUGAUGUGCGCAUGCUGGAGGACGAGGCCGACAUGACAUACUACAAUAGAAUGCUGCUAGAUGUUAUAGAGUGUCGCAAGUACCCCACAUUCAUACGCACCUUCUGCCAACAGCACUUGAUAACCUCCAUGCUUGCCAAAGGUCAUGAUAUCCUGGCCAGAGCAGCUGCUUCAACGUUAGACGACCAGGUUCUCAUGAAGAAGUUACAGGAUCCCAAGUUUGAUUUAAUGUUAACAGACCCUGGUCUGCCUAUAGGAGUUCUGCUUGGUGGGUACCUCAAGCUGCCAAUGGUUUUCAAUGUACGCUGGAUCAAUACCGGAGAAGGCCAUUUAACUAUAGCUCCCUCUCCUGUCUCCUAUGUCCCCGUGUCAGGAAGUGAACUUACUGAUCAGAUGGAUUUUAAAGAAAGAGUCAUGAAUAUGUUACAUUUUCUCCGUAGUGUUGUUGAACAAUACUUCAUCAUCAACCCUGCCUACUCAGAUCUGUUCCAGCGGCACUUCCCGCCUGGAACUGACUUGGUGUCUUUGCAGUAUGCAGCUGAUAUCUGGCUGCUGAGGGCGGAUUUUGUCUUUGAGUUCCCUCGGCCCACGAUGCCUAAUGUGGUGUAUAUAGGAGGGUUCCAGUGCAAAGAGGCUAAACCCCUCCCUGCUGAUCUGGAAGCGUUCAUGCAGAGCUCUGGUGAGCAUGGGGUGGUGGUCAUGUCCGUGGGGACGUUGGUGUCAGCUCUACCUUGGGAGGUCACAGAGGCUAUCGCUGCAGCUUUCGCUCAACUCCCUCAGAAGGUGAUCUGGCGAUUUGUGGGUGAAAAACCUUCAUCUCUGGGAAACAACACCCUGCUGGUGAAGUGGCUGCCUCAGAAAGACCUCCUGGGACACCCCAAGACUCGUGCCUUUGUAGCCCAUGGAGGCACCAAUGGCAUGUAUGAGGCCAUCUACCACGGCGUUCCCGUUGUGGGUCUUCCCCUCCUCUUUGAUCAGUUCGACAACCUGCUCCGGCUGAAGGUGCGUGGUGCAGCUCGGGUGGUGGAGGCCAGAUCACUGACCAAAGAGAACUUCCUGGAGGCUCUGACGGACAUCAUUGAGACUCCAUGUUACCGUGAAAACAUACAACGUCUCUCCAAACUACACCGCGACAAGCCCAUGUCUCCUAUGGACACCGCCAUCUUUUGGAUUGAGUACGUCAUCAGAAACAAAGGAGCAGCCCACCUGAAGUCUGCAGGUUUCAGUUUGCCUUGGUAUUCCUACUUCUGCCUGGAUGUGGCUGCUUUUAUUGUGGCCAUGACUGGAACCUUCAUCUGGGCUUUAUUCUUUAUGUGUAGGAUUCUCUGCUGCCGGAGGUCCAGAAGAAAGACGAAAGCAGAGUAACUGAUCCAAACAUAACUCAGUCUGAGUGACUGCUCAGUCUUUUUCUUGGAAAAAAUCCACUGAAGCAUUCACAAGUAAGAGGUGCUUAUUAGAGACCGAUACAAAUUUACAAUCACUUCUGCCUCAUACUCUGACCUUUCCUAAAACAUAACUGUGUUCAUGUGUAAAUUCUUGUGAAAUCAUCAUUUAAGAAAGAAACAAUGAGAUAACAGAAAUGCUUUUGCUGGAAAUGAAGAAGACAUAUCUUUGAGAAGUGAAUAUUUGCCUUGACCCCAGGAUCUGUCAGUUCUGUAAGGUAUACUGUCAUUUGUCUAAAUGCUUCAUGUUUUGAUUUCAAAUAACUAUCUUUAAAUCUUAAACAUGCCCAACUUUAAAUGCUAAAAUCUGAAACACAGAGAGUGUGGUGACUUUUUGAGUGGUGGGACAAUUUAGCAAUGAGACUACCAGUAUUUACAGAACUCUGUAUUGGUGCCAGUGUUCCCUGAUGAGGUCCUAGUACCCAAGUAACUUAAAUACUUGGGGGUCAGUGCAGGUAAAGCUUAGGUGGCAGUGACGUCAUCUCCAUCUUUCUAUGUGCAUACAAUUUGCACAAUUCACUACAUGACAAGAUUAAAUUCUGGCAGUAACAGAGAACUUCCUGCAGUCUGCAGCCAGUCUGCUGCAGGAACAACUUAUCAUGCUGCCUCUGUUCUGGGACCUUCUCCAGGGACACUUCCCCUGUAGCUGAUUUGCUGUCUAAGCAGCAUACAGCUGAUAUCAAUCUCAUGCCCAGCAGCGACUCCAUCAGAGCAUAAAGACCUUUAUACAGAGCCCUGUAGCGGUAGUCGAGUCUCAGGGGACUUUAUAAUUUAUUAGUAACUCUCUUGGAUUAUUUAAUAAAUCAGAGAUUUGUGACAUUUAAAGGAAACUCAGUGAGUGAUUAGACCCUCCUCCCUUUGAAACCAUGUGGUAAAAAUACUGACUAACACCUAUUGUCUCAAUAUACCCAUUCUUCACUCAAACAAUUUCAAUUGUGUAAGAUUUUUUCCUCCCUGUGGUGCCUGAGAAAAGUUCACCGCGGUUAAAUUUAACAAGUCUGCAAACGCUGUUAAUUAAAACUCUUUUGUGAAGGAAAA